CUCUCACCUGGAACAGUCGCGGUCUUGCCUUCGCGGGUCGCACACGCGUCUUACCUCCGGUCGUACCGACUCCAAAAUUUUCUCCGUUUCUUCUGCGAUAAACCAAUCAUUAUCUACAAUUGGAAAUAUCUAUGCUUUAAAAGCACCAACGGUGUGAUUCCCUCGCUCAAUUCCGAAAUGGCGAAAUAUCGAGACCUGCUGCAGCUCUGCGUCGUCUUCGUGUGCUUCUUCGAGUUUAUCGCGGCCGAUGAACCGGUAGUAAAAAUAAAAAAUGGCACGCUGCUGGGACUGACCAUGAAGACCAGAAAGGGUAGAGAGAUCGCAGCGUUUCGAGGCAUACCGUACGCGGUACCACCCCUUAACGAGCUCAGGUUCCAGGCACCGAAGCCAGCAAAAGCCUGGGAAGGAGUGCGAUCUGCCAAGAAAGACGCUAACAUAUGCACCCAAAGAAACGUCUAUGUUCACGAUGACAACAUCCUCGGUGACGAGGAUUGCCUUUACUUGAACGUCUACACACCGAAGUUGCCCACUAAGGGUGGCGAAUCAAAGGAAAGUUACCCAGUUAUGGUUUGGAUCCACGGUUGCGGUUGGAUCUGUGGCGCAGGACACUCGGAAUUCUAUCACCCCAAAUUCUUGUUGGACCACGAUGUGAUCCUCGUUACCAUGAAUUACAGGCUUGGACCGAUAGGAUUUCUCAGCACGGAGGACAAAGUGUGUCCUGGAAACAAUGGAUUAAAGGACCAGGCAAUGUCCAUUCGAUGGGUUCAUGAAAAUAUCGCUGCUUUUGGUGGCGAUCCUAACCGUGUGACUAUCUUCGGAGAAAGCGCGGGUGGCGCUAGUGUACACUAUCACAUGAUGAGCGAUUUGACCAGAGGACUUUUCCAACGCGCGAUCUCUCAAAGCGGUAACGGGCAUUGUCCGUGGGCCAUGGCGAAGCCCGGUUCAGCGAAGAAGAAGGCAUCGAAGGUGGCUGAACUCUUGGGUUGUCCUUCGAAAAACUCGAAACAGCUCGUCGACUGUCUGCGAAAGAAGAAUGCCGUCGAUAUUAUCGCAACCGAUCGUUCUUUCCAAGUAUUUGGUUACUGUCCGAUGAUACCCUUCAGACCGGUAAUUGAACCUGUUCACCCUAGUGCUUUCCUAACGGAAGAUCCCGCAGUUUCGUCGAAGCAGGGCCGUCUGUUAGACAUACCAUGGAUGACAGGAAUUACGUCGGAGGAAGGAGCCCUUGUAGCACCAGGAUUAUACGAACGGAACAACGGGGCUUUGAUUAAGAAGCUGGACAAAGACUUCCUCGACAUCGCACCGAUAACGUUGCUGUUCGGUGAAACGUGUGCCAAAGGCGAAGAGAAACGCCUGGCCUCCGAGAUACGAAAAUUCUACUUCGGCGAGGCCCCGAUAGACAAUUCUACGCGAUUCAAAGUGAUCGAUAUGUACAGCGACGCUUGGUUCACGCACGCAGCUCGUACUUCCAUUCGCGCCUAUCUCGAGAAGCAGUCUUCUCCCGUGUAUUCCUACUAUCUCGCAUACAAAGGAAGCGCAUCGUUCAGUAUGAUAUUUGGCGAUCCGACCAAGGAUUACGGAGUGUCGCACGCGGAUGAACUCCAGUAUCUGUUCCCUGUCGGGGAGCAGUUGUUCAAGCACAUACCGCUCAGCAAGCAAGACCACAAGAUGAUCGAUAUCGUUACGAGUCUUUGGUACAACUUUGCCAAAUCUGGCAAUCCCACGCCGGAAGUGUCAGAAGAGAUACCGGUGAAAUGGAAGCCGGUCAGGACGCAGGCCCUCGAGUAUCUGCGCAUAGGGCAAGAUCGCAUUCAGAUGUCGGAGCAUCUGAUCCUCGAGAGAAUGAAAUUCUGGGAAGGUUUGCCUAUACGACCGGAUUUCGACGACAACGACGUGCAGCAGCAGCGGAAAGACGAAUUGUAAAAAAUACUUAAAAACUGCGUUACGACUAUCGCGCGUGUCGUCGAGAAUCGUAAAAUUUAACGCGUACCGGACGCCGCAUGACGUAAAUCGUAUCUCCGUCCUCGACCACUACACAUCGGCCAAGUGGACUUUCGAAAAGCACGCACAAUGUGACCACGACCGUCCCAUCAGGUCCACGCGAAAAACGCCAAUUUCGCGCAGGCUGCCGCUAGCAGUUGCAUCAACCAAUGUGUCACGUGUCACGUGCAGCACACGAUUUUAGCAUUCGCAAUCGCGCGGACCACGUGUACAAGGCUGACGGGAAGAACUGCGUACCUUUUAGUCACUCACCUUAACCAGUACCGGUUCACUGGAGUUCUCUUUUUAUUUCUCACUGGGUAAAUCACAGCGUUUUUGUUCAGUCACGAGAUAAUUGAACAUUGGAUCGUAAAAUUCUCAACGAGGCAAAAAUUCUCAUAGAUACCGAGUCGAUAUCGUCGAACGCAUA